CAAGAUCUUAGGUAGCGGUCUUGGAGCUAUCACUUGUCUCGCAAUUGCGUAAGAUAGACGAUAAGUUCGGCUGCCAAUUGGCCGACCUAUAUACAUAUAUUACACGAGCUGUGAAUUGUCUGUAGUCGGUAAACAGACAAAAACUCAUCACCAUGGCUUCUUCCGGGAUCCUCCCAGCGUAUCCCAACCAGGAAAAGGAAAAAGCCGGGAAUGGUGGUGAAAUCAAGGGCGGAGGUGCUGUCACGGACCGUUCAGAAUCUCUCGAGGAUAUCCGAGUUUCUUUGUCUUCCGGCGGUGACACGAAUCGAGACACGACUCAUCGACGGCUUAAAGCGAGGCAUAUCCAGCUCAUUGGCAUUGGAGGCACCAUUGGCACCGUUCUUUAUGUUCAAAUUGGCCAAGGUCUUCUCAAUGGCGGUCCCGGCAGUCUCUUCAUCGCCUUCAGCUUCUGGUGCACCAUCGUCCUCGCCGUAACGCUCUGCAUGGCCGAAAUGGUCACUUACCUGCCCAUCUCCUCGCCAUUUAUUCGAUUCGCCGGCCGCUACGUCGACGAGGCCUUUGGAUUUGCGACUGGAUGGAACUUCUUCAUCUUCGAGGCCGCGCUGGUUCCCUUUGAAGUGACGGCCUGCAAUUUUAUUCUUCGUUUCUGGACCGAUGCCAUUCCUACGGCGGCGGUUAUAGCCAUUGUCAUUGUUCUCUAUGCUCUCAUCAAUGUGCUGGCGGUGAAAUGGUACGGCGAGACGGAAUUCUGGGCUGCCAUUGGAAAGGUUCUCCUCAUUGUGGGACUCAUCUUUUUCACCUUUAUAGUGAUGCUGGGAGGAAACCCUCAGAAAGACCGUUUUGGAUUCCGGUACUGGAAUGAGCCGGGCUCUUUUGCGGAAUUGUAUUAUGAAGGCAGCUUGGGACGCUGGCUGGGCUUCUUGCAGUGCCUCAUUCAGGCAGCAUUCACCAUUGCCGGACCGGAUUACGUCUCCAUGGCCGCUGGUGAAGCUGAGAAUCCUCGUGUGGUGAUGCCACGAGCUUACAACGCCGUGUUUUACCGACUGACUGCUUUCUUCAUCCUGGGAUCUCUCUGCGUGGGCAUUCUCGUUCCGUACAACGACAGUGAGCUUAUUGCGGCUUUUGCAAGCUCCAAGCCAGGCGCCGCUGCUUCUCCCUAUGUCGUUGCCAUGAACCGCCUCGGAAUCAAAGUUCUCCCACACAUUGUCAAUGCGGCUGUCUUGACUGCUGCUUUCUCUGCGGGCAACUCUUACGUCUACUGCGCUUCUCGUUCCUUGUACGGCCUUGCUCUGGAAGGAAAAGCACCGAGGUUUCUGACAACAUGCACAAAGGCUGGUAUCCCCGUCUACUGCGUUGGCUGCACCUUGCUUUUUGCGCUGCUUUCGUUCCUCCAGCUCUCAUCCAACACGGCCGUUGUUUUGAACUGGUUUGUUUCUCUGGUGACGGCAUCUCAACUUAUCAACUUCUGCGCCGUGUGCGUGUCGUAUCUUUGCUUCCACCGAGCGCUAAAGGCACAAGGCAUCAGCCGUGACUCGCUGCCAUACAAGGCGUGGUUUAUGCCUUAUGCCGCUUAUUAUGCGCUGGUGUGGACGUUUGUCAUGGCCUUUGUGGGCGGAUAUACCGUUUUCUUGCCUCUGCCUGGCAUGUGGAAAAUUGCAGAUUUCUUGUUCUCCUAUGCAAUGAUUUUUGUAUAUCCAGUUUUAUACCUUGGCUACAAAUUCAUCCGCAAGACAGAGAUUCGUAAGCCAGAAGAAAUUGACCUUUUCAAGGACUUGGAUGAGAUUGAGGAGUACCAGAGAAAUUAUAUUCCUACUCCACCAAGAAACGGGCUCGAAAAAAUUCUCGACAAAAUCUUUGGCUGAUUCUGAUACGCAGCAAAGAAGCUUCUUGGAUCGAGGGUAAGAAAUACUUGGUUGGUGAUGGACUCAGUAAUUUUUGUCUUUUGUCAAUAUCUGUAUUCAUCGUAGAUGGACGUUUGAAUCUACAUAUUUUCUC